AGCACAGCAGCCACAAGGUGUGCGGGAGGUGUUUGCCACCUUGUGGGCUAUUGAGCAGUCGAUGCUGCUGGGCAUGACAAACGAUGGGCCCCUGCCAACUACAACAGCGCCUUUUGAUUUUGAGAAGCUGCUGCUGAGCGUCAAGGAGCAAGGAGUGCAAACCAUUUUCGUCUCUUUCAUGUGGAAAUUGCAGCAGCCCACUCCACGUGGGGGCUUCAACUUCCGUGUCAUGGACUACAUCCAAAAAAUCGUUUGCGCCCAGGGCUUCAAGUUGGCAGUGGUGCUGGACACCGAUGCGACGCCACCCUGGGUGGCGAAACGGUUCCCAGACGGCGUCAUGACAGAUGUUUUGAACUUGACCCGUGGCACAGCGUCCUUCAAUCAUAUCUUUGCUUUGGAGCUGGCUCACAGUUGGCAGGAUGCGGUGCUUGCCCGGCUGGCAGCCAACGACGCCUCCUGCAUCCACUCCAUCCAGCCCACAUUCAACAACCAGUACGAAACGAAAUACACUCAGGAGCGGGAUGCACCCCAGGAUUACAGUCCUGCAGCGGCAAUGGCAUUUCGCGAGUACGUGAAGCACGUGCAUGGUGGCUUGGCGCACUGGAACAAGCGGUGGGGCACCGGCUUCAAUGCCUGGGAAGCUGUUGUGCCGCCCAAGUUUUACCAGCAUGGGGAGCACUACAAUUCCACCAUGACCGACCUGUUUUACUGGGACUGGCAGCACUUCAGGCAAAUUCAGCAACACUCGGUUUACGAGGGCUGCUGUCAGCGGAUUGCAGCGCACGGUUUCCGCUGCAUCAUGCAUUUCCCAGAAGUCUUCACCAGUGGCGACGCCAUCUACGGCUCGGGCAGCGUGUUCACGCUGGCUGCCAGCCCCUGGCUGGACUACAUCAUCAUUGACUCCAAUUUUGUGACGGUUUCGAGGCAGCCCAACGACGUGCGGGUUGUGCAGUUACUUCUGAGCGCCAUGAAGCCCUUCAACAAGCCCAUCUACUUUGAGGGAGCAUUUGAGGAGAUUAAGGACCCAGAGCUGCAUCGUCGGGCCAUGGAGCUGACGGCGGCCUCAGGUGCCUAUGGCAUGGGCUUCACGAACUGGCUGAGCCGAGUGAACCACACCACCUUUUUCCGGGACACCCUCAGCGGCUUGACGCACGCCCCCGCUGGCGGCCCAGCAGUUGCCAUCCUGACGCCAUACCGCUCAUUCCUGGCGUACAAGGGCGCGCCCUUUGCCAACCAGAAGACCCGCGAGCUUGCAGCCAACGACGCACAGCAGGACCUGUUGUUUGCAUGCCUGGACGUGCUGGAGAAGGAGCUGCCGUCUCUUGAUGGCCUGCAGAUAUUUGGCGUGCCCACAAUGCUGCUGCCGGUGCUCCAAACCUUCGAGCAGGUGUGGUAUGUGGAGCCCGACGUGCUGCUGUCGGGCGAUGCAAGCACCAUUGCCAGGAUCAAGGAGCGUGCUGGAGCGCUGGGUGUGCCGCUGCGCAGCUGCAUCAAGAAGAAGGCGCCUGCGAUUGUGCUGCCCGAGUGCUGCCCAAGCAUGUAGCUGCCUGUUCCUGGUGUAUCCCCUUGCAAUCAUUUAAUUGUCUGCGCAAACUGCGCCCUGAUACCCUGUCUGUUUUUCAUUCAUCGAGGUGUGACAUUGCAUCACAGCAGGCAACUCAUGAUUGGCUACAUUGCAAACAUUGGUAAACUUCAACCGUAG